GAGAAACCAAACUCCGAAGUUUUCCUCUUUGCAUUCUCUCUUCUUUUUUCUCGUUUUUUUGCUUGAUCAAAACAUUUCUGAUUCUGAAACCCAAAACGUUAUCAAUUUUCGUUUACUAGGAGAGAAAAGAAGAAAUCUUGUUCUGUUUAUCAAUGGCGGAGGAUUUUGGGAAAGCCGUAGAGGAUGGACUCAGGCUGGCGAAGAGGGUAUACAUGGGUAAGGAACGUGCCAUGGCGCCAUACAGCACGCCCCCGCGGAUGGAGAGGUCGAUGCAGUCCUAUUUGCCAACCGCGCCAAUGGUCUACGCUGUGAUAUACAAUCCGGCCAUUGUGGACAACCCAGACAUGCCGAGUUACCAGCCUUAUGUGCACGGCAGGUGCGAUCCGCCUGCCCUGAUUCCUCUCCAGAUGAAUAGUGUUGAGUUAGAUGUGGAUUGUUAUCUGGAUACCGCUUUUGUUCGUGUUUCUGGGUCCUGGAGGGUCCAUUGUGUAAUGGGUAGCCGGUGCUGCGAUUGCCGUAUUGCUGUUCCUAUGGGGGAGCAGGGUUCAAUUCUAGGUGUCGAGGUUGAUCUUCCUAGGAAAUCAUAUUCUACUCAACUAAUUGCCCUGGAUGACAACAAGGAUAUUCAAAAGAGAGGAGGAUCUCAAGAUGCAGGCUUUUUGAAGCCUCAUAUAUUUACUUUAACAAUACCACAGGUGAGCUUAUUGAUGGGGGGUUCCAAUCUUUCAAUUACGCUCCGUUGGUCUCAGAAAUUGUCAUUUGAUAAUGGCCAGUUCACUUUGUCUGUACCUUUUGCUUUCCCUGAGUAUGUUACGCCUGCUAUAAGGAAGAUUCCUAAGAAAGAAAAGAUACAAUUGAAUGUAAACUCUGGAACUGGAACUGAAAUAUUGUGCAACCUUAGUAACCACCCUCUGAAGGAAAUAAGACGCCAAGUGGGCAACUUGGGCUUCUUUUAUGAAGCAGAUGUUCUCGCAUGGUCAAAAAUUGACUUCAGUUUCUCAUAUACUGUCUCUUCAAGUCAUAUAGUUGGCCAUGUUCUUUUGCAAUCUCCAUCGGUAUAUGAUGUUGAUCAAAGAGAAGCAUUCUGUAUCUAUCUCCAUUCAGGAAGUCAGCUAAGUGUGAAGGGGUUCAGAAAGGAUAUCAUAUUUAUUGUUGAUAUAAGCGAAAGCAUGCUUGGAAAGCCCCUUGAGGAUACUAAGAAUGCAUUAUCGGGAGCACUUUCUAAGCUCAAUCCUAAAGAUUCAUUUAAUAUCAUAGCUUUUAGUGAGAAAACGCGUAUGUUUUCAACAUCAAUGGAGUUGGCUACCAAUGAAGCUGUUGAAAUGGCUGUUGAGUGGAUUGACACAAACUUUAUUGCUGGGGGUGGUACAAAUAUAUUUACUCCAAUAGACAAGGCAACUGAGAUGCUAAUGAAUACUUCUGGUACAAUUCCUAUUAUUUUCCUUGUUACUGAUGGGGCUGUUGAAGAUGAGAAACGCAUUUGUGAUGUAAUGAAAAGUCGUCUAGCAAAUGGAGAGUCAUUAUGCCCACGCAUAUACACUUUUGGCAUAGGUUCAUUCUGCAAUCAUUAUUUCCUGCGUAUGCUUGCAAUGAUUGGCAGGGGGCAAUAUGAUGCUGCAUUUGAUUUAGAUUCUAUUGAGGUCCGAAUGCAAAAAUUAUUUAGCAUAGGGUUAUCCACUAUUGUUGCAAAUGUUACUGUUGAGACAUUGGAUGAUCUUGAUGACUUAGAGGUGUAUCCUUCGUGCAUUCCAGAUCUUUCAUCUGAAAGCACAUUGACAAUAUGCGGAAGGUAUCGAGGAAAUUUUCCAAACACUCUCAAAGCUAGAGGUAUCCUGGGAGAUUUGAGUAGUUUUGUUGCAGACUUGAAGAUAGAAAGUGCCAAGGACAUCCCUCUUGACAGGGUGUUAGUAAGACAGCAGAUUGAUCUGCUCACAGCGCAGGCAUGGCUUUCAGAAAAUAGAGAGCUUGAGCAGAAGAUUGCAAAAAUGAGCAUGCAAACUCAUAAUGUGGCCGAGUAUACCUGUAUGAUCUUACUCGAGAAUGAUAAAAUAACAACAGAAUCGCCUGGAGGACACAAGGCACCCAAGAAAUCUCCAAAGAACAUGGUCCCUAAUGUCCCAAAGAAGUUACUGCUACCGAGCUUUGCUAUUGGCUUCGGCAACUUAGGAGCAACCGCUGAAAACCUCCGUCCAUGCUAUGAAGAACCAAAAUUACCUGAAGUUGCUGAAAUGUUUGUGAAGGCAACCUCAAAUUGUUGUGGCAAGUUAGGUAGUCAAUGCUGUUGCAUGUGCUGCAUAAAUUGUUGCUCAAAGAUGAACGAUCAAUGUGCAAUCGUGCUAACACAACUAUGCACUGUUCUGGCAUGUUUUGGCUGCUUUGAGUGUUGCUCGAUAUGCUGUUCCGGAGAACAUGGGCAUUAAUCUAAAACCUUCUCAGAAAUAUUCAACAGAGCCGUACAUUGCUGUUUAUAUUGUAUAAAUGACAAUUGAGUCAUAUUGGACCGCCUUGUCAAGAUAGCGUGAUAGACACAUCCCAUGUAAACAGUAUUAAACUGCCUUUAUUAGCAUUAUCACACACAGGUUUUGGUUUGGUUUGCCAGCUUUCAAAAAUAUGGAAAUACAUUAUUUUUCAGUUG